AUGCCAAGCCGAGACCCCCCAAAAAGCCCCUUACUCCCAAUCCGAGUCCCUUACAAAAUCCUUCUUAAAGGUCUCUACAGAACGGAAUUCCAACGAACCUACAAAAGACAUCCAGACGUAAACAUUCUUUUUUCCACCUCAAAACUUCACAUUUUCUUACCCCCACCCACCCCUUUAAACGACAACGGUUACAAAAGAAUUGCACAGCGGAUGAACUACUUCGUGGCUCUUAACAUGGUUCAAGGCGACAUACCCACAAACGCAGUUUACGAAACCGACGAAGAACUAGUCAAACGUCAGAUCACUAACGACUUAGAGUUCAUCAAUCGUGGCGGUUAUAGGAAGGCCAUUAAGGAAUUAAGGGCGGUUUGGGAGUGGGAAAAACAUUUUGGGGAGGAUCCAGACACGAGAGAUCAGAUUGAUCUGGCGAGGUUUCCUUAUCGUUGGGCACUUAGUUGCGGAGGUGAGCUGGGGGAUCCAAAUGGCAAUCGUGAGCAUGGGGCAUUUGAAAAGCUGAAAGGAUUUCUCGGUCUCCAAAGGCAGUCCUUGAUGUUGCUGAAAAAGAUGUUGAGAAAAUGGAUAUAUAUAUAUAUACGUCAAUGGGCGAGGAAGCUUACAUAA